CUGCAGUAUUCUGCUGAGUAGCGGUGAGCCAGCAUCUCUCUGCCUCCAGCCGUCAGCAGACAGCCGGCACAGAGCUGAGCCCGAGCGUCCUGCAGGGGGAAACUACAGAACCCACAAUCCUCUGCCUGAGCCCGCACUGUCGGACGGCCGAGAGUGAAGCCCCGUGGAACCCUGGGAGUCGUGGUCCCAGAUCUCCAGCUCCUGGACAGAGAGAGAGAGGGGGUGACGUGCCAUGACAACAGUCAGAGGGAGAGAGACGCAGAGAUACAGCUGAGGAGCCAUGUCUGCCAGCCUCGACGAUACUGACAGCGUUUUUGACCUGAACGAGGCGAUCCCAGAGACUGAGCUGCUGGAUAACAGCAUCCAGAAAGGCCGCGCCCAGCUGUCCGUCAAAACACGAAGGCACCGCCCCUCCAGAUCCCGUUACCGUGACAGCAUUAGCUCAACGGAGGGCGACGACUGCCUGGACAGGAAGGCGGAGGACAGCCCGUUACACUCUGCCCGCUCACCUCUCCACCUGGCCAUGCGAGGCUCCUCCCCCUCUCCUGAUUCGCUGCUGUCUGCUAGAAGCCCUGGAUUCUCCUUUGACACAUCGCUGGGGCGUCGCUCUCCAGAGGACGGAGGCGUGUCAUUGGCUGGUCCGCCUCGAGGGCGGUACCGUCAGCUGACCAAUGCGACUUCUCAGGAGGCCCUGGUGACACCGAGCAGCUCGCCAUCUAAAUCCUGCCCCUCCACCGACAGCUCACCUGUCUACAUGAGGAGGAACAGGAGACCCGACAGCGAAGUGUUGGUGUCUGAUACAAGUCGAGACACGAGUCCAGCUGACCCCGGAAGUCCGACCGUCAUCUUUGACAAGAAAACCAAGAGACGCUUCCUGGACUUGGGGGUGACUCUCAGGCGUUCGUACAUCAGAGUGAGGAAAGAUAAAUCCAACAGGCUCUCUGUGGGCAGCAGAGAGCCAUCUGAGAGUCCGUCCCGUUCCUCCGGUUCCUUCAUCUCCUUUUCCUGGUUCACUGAAGGACGUGGGUCACUCUCCUCUUCUGGUACUCCACCCUGCUCCCCGAAAAUCCCCCCACUGAGCUCCCCAAGACCACGAAAGUCUCACUCCCAGGAGUCGGCUCUCAGUGAGGAGUUUUCUCCUCCUCACACCUCCUCCUCCACCUCUCCUCCCAUUGACUCCUCUUCUUCCAGAUCCUGCCAUCCCUACCACACCCUGUCUCAGUCCUCUGAUGAGCCCUGUGAUGAACCCCACUCUUCCUGGACGACUCAGCAGGUCUGUCAGUGGCUCAGAGGACUCAACAUGGAGCAGUAUGUCCCAGAAUUCAGUGCGAGAGACAUCGAUGGACAGCAGCUGCUGCAAAUGGAUGGCAGCAAACUGAAGGGUCUGGGCGUGCUCAGUUCGUCUGAUCGCAGCGCUCUCAAGCGUCGUAUCAAGGAUGUCCAAAGUGCAGCAGAGAAGGAGAAAAAAGCUCUGGACAAGCUGGAGAAACAGAAAGAAAAACAGCGAAGGAAAGACCAGGAGCAACGCAGGAACUGAGCCCACCACCAGAGGGAGGCAGAGGACGGCAGGAGGGAGUGACGGGUGGAGAGAGGAUGGAGAGAGGAGUGCUUCAGAGUGUGGAGAGGCAAACAGCAGGAGCAGAUUUCUGUUGGAGUGAAGGUUCGACAUGAUAAACAGUCACUGGAAAACCUGGAAUUCCAUCAUCCCCACAGCAUCUCCAGGCCUGGAAAUGUUCUGGAAGAAACUGCAAACCUACGCCUCUACUUAAAGUUUAUUGUUCUGGAGGCCAUCAAAGGGAAAAUUUCACAGAAGAUUAUGGCAUUACUUUUCAUUUGCCAUAAAGCAGUGAGGUCACUUUUCAUCUAAUGUUCCCACCAUUUAAUGUUCCAACCUGGCGGCUGCUGAAGUCGAACGCUGGAUGGCAGGAACAUGAAUGAAUGCUGAACUCGACAGGUUUCCACUCGCUGCUGCUUUGAGUCCCUCUGGUUAUUCUUCUUCUUUGGUUUAGGUAAGCCAGCAGCUGUGUAAGGUGUGUUUCUUCUUCUUCUUUUUGGUCACAGUAUCCCGCUGUCAGCGGCUCGUGGUUUGGGACCAGCAGAGUCUCGGUGCUGCUCUGGGACCAGUUUUUGUGGCUUAGAUUCUGUUCUCUGUUUCCUGUAAUGACAUUAACUUCAUACUGACCCUCAGACUGCCUCUUUGGGAAAGGGCCGGUUUCAUCCUAAUGAAGGAGGUUUUAGAAGUCCUUAGGAAGGGCAGGGUGUGUUUUGGAGGGUCUGUUCAGGUGUGUGAGGUCCAACAGGUGUUGUUUGCCGUCCGACAGAAACAGGCAACGACUGUGAACCUUCGGUGGUCUCUGGGGGCAGAGACCGACAUCGUUCUGCAGAAAGCCAAGAAGAAGUCAGAUUAUUAACCUUUGGAGAUGUUGUUUCUGACCUCUGACCUCUGACAGUCUGUGUUAAAAUGUUCAUGUCAAUAAAUAAAU